UCGCGGCAGUAAGACCGCGCCGGGGCGGCGGAGGGGAAGGCCCGGGCUCUGACAACCCCCUCAGAGCUUGCAGAAGCGGCCCUCAGUUCUGGCAGUAAGAAGCAGUCGUGUUUGGCGCGCUUGGGUCGCGUGGGCGCGGGGCGGAACGCGCCCAGGGACACCGGGCUCCGGGAGCAGCGCAGCGCAGCGCUCAGCUCCAGGGCCUGCCAGGAGACACCAAUUCAUACCAAGGAAGGAAGCAUUCAGGAAAAAAUAAGGUUGAGCUGAAAUCGCUGCUCAGCCCCUAAGAUGGUGCCAUCCAGAUUGCGUGGGCUUUUCUGCCUCUGCACCUGCCUCAUAUUGGUUCAUCCUUUUGACUGGCAAGACCUAAAUCCUGUUGCCUAUAUUAAAUCAUCAGCCUGGGUCAAUGAAAUACAAGCUCUGAUGGCUGCUGCAGGCUUUAUCCAAACUGGAAUCCCCAGAGGAAAAGGAUCUUAUUCCGUGGGUUGUACAGACUUGAUGUUUGGUUACAAUGAUGAGAGCACCUUCUUGCGUCUGUAUUAUCCAACCCAAGAUGAUGAUCACUUUGACACUCUUUGGAUCCCAAAUGAGGAAUACUUUUUUGGUCUUAGUAAAUUAUUUGGAAGAAACUGGAUUUUUGGCAAAUUGUUGCACUUAUUCUUUGGUUCAGUGACAAUUCCUGCAAAAUGGAAUGCCCCUCUGAGGACGGGUGAAAAAUAUCCACUGAUUGUUUUUUCUCAUGGUCUUGGAGCGUUCAGGACAAUUUAUUCUGCCAUUGGUAUUGACCUGGCAUCUCAUGGGUUUAUAGUUGCCGCUGUGGAACACAGAGAUGGAUCUGCAUCUGCAACUUACUAUUUUAAGGACCAGUCAGCUGCAGAACUAGGGAACAAGUCUUGGCUUUAUCCAAAACAAGAGGAACCUGACCGAAAUUUUCAGGUGCAUCAAAGAGCAAAGGAGUGCUCUCAAGCUCUCAAUUUGAUUCUUGCCAUUGAUCAUGGAAAGCCAGCAGAGAAUGUAUUAGAUUUAGAGUUUGAUGUGAAACAACUGAAGGACUCUAUUGAUAGGAAUAAAAUAGCAAUAAGUGGACAUUCUUUUGGAGGAGCAACAGUUAUUCAGGCCCUUAGUGAAGACCAGAGAUUCAGGUGUGGUAUUGCCCUGGAUGCAUGGUUGUUUCCAUUGGGUGAUGAAGUAUAUACCAGAAUUCCUCAACCCCUCUUCUUUAUCAACUCUGAAAAAUUCCACCAUUUUCAAAAUACCACAAAAAUGGGAAAUUUCUUCUUACCUGAUAAAGAAAGGAAAAUGAUAACACUCAGGGGUGCUGUCCAUCACAAUUUUGAUGACUUCACUUUUACAACUGGCAAAAUAGUUGGAUACAUAUUCAUUUUAAAAGGAACUAUAGAUUCAUAUGUAGCUAUUGAUCUUAGCAACAAAGCUUCAUUAGCAUUCUUACAAAAGCAUUUAGGACUUCAGAAAGAUUUUGAUCAGUGGGACUCUUUGAUUGAAGGGGAAGAUGAAAAUCUUAUCCCAGGAUAGGUGAUGCUAUGCAAUCUCAAUAUGAUUAUUAAAUGGAGAGUGGACAAGGAAAAGAAUAUUGGAUACAGGUCAAAGGCAGUGGACUGAAGGCAGAAAGUUGGUAAUUUGUUUGCAUUUUCUUUAAGGCUUUAUUUUUGAUGCAUUUUACUUACUAAAGAACAGUGCCAUAAGGUAUUACAGCUAUAUAGACAGGCUAGGGACAACACUCGUUAGUUUAGUUAUGUAAGUAAAGGCCGUGAAGGAUAAUAAACUUUCAGAAGUACAUUUAACCACUCACUUUCCAAUUAGUUUUAUUUAAUGGAUGUUUUUAAUUCUAUAUAUAGUUGGGGAAGUAAAAUAACAUAAUAAAGGGAAGUAAAAGCACAAAAAUAUAUACACUUAUACAUCUGAGAGUCAUGGAAGAGGUUUCCCAAGGGAUAUAAAAAUGUAUACCACUCAUUAAUUAAGAAUAUUUUUUGACCUAAGUAUUUCUUAGCCUUGUUCCUAUGAAUUCUCCAAAAGUAAGUUUAAUUAAGCAUGUGUCAACAGGGAUAAUAAAUAUGAAGUAAGCAAGCCUUGUUAACUAUUCCAUCCCUAAUAGUUCUUUAUUAAUAACUCUGUCCUCACUUGGAACCUCAGGCCUAUCCUAGUGGCUUAAGGUACAAAAUCAGUCAUUUUGAGAGAUUUGACUUCUCCCCUCCUCUAGCCAUUCAGGUUUUUUUUUCCUCAAUAGUAAACUCUUUAGCUUGAAAUUGAAGACUUUUUAUAAUCUGGCCCUAAAGCAUCUUCUCCAACCUUUUCUUCUGGGAAUUAGCAACUUUUUCUUCUUCAUGAACCAGCCAAACUUGUCAGUUCAUUAAGAAAGGAACAAGCAAUAUACUCAUCUACCUCAAUUAUUUUUUAUUGCAAAACUCUUUCCUUUCUACUAUUGAAAUUAUAGCCAGAUUUUAAUGUUCUUAAUUCUCACUAUUCCCCCAUCAGGCUUCAGGGUCUGAUAAUGUUUUAUAUAUAUUCGCCUGUUCCCCGGUUUCACUUGGAAAACUUUAUCCCUACCCAUUUGAGAAAUGGAUAAACAUUCCAGAUGUAUUGAUGUCCCAUUCAAUAGCAUCUUUUCACAGUCCUUUGUUGGUGGCACAUGCUGAUGCUGAAGGGAGAAAGUAAUGGAUUCAAUGAGUUAAGGUUAAAAAAAUUACCUGUUUAAUUUUUUGAUAAAAGUUAAUUUUAAAAAAUGAAAAAAAUUACCUAGCAUAGUGCACUGUGUGUAUCUUUCAGGGAAAAGAAGGACAUAUUUAUUGAAUGUCUACUCCUCUUCAGGCAUUUUAUAUCAAUUAUUUAUAAUCUUAAAAACACUGCAAGAAAGGUUUUAUUAUGCCCAUUUUACAGAUCAGGAAAAGCAAGGGUCAAAGAAAUUCCAUAAACUUCCCAGGUCACAUAUCUGAUUAACAGCAUAUAGUAAGGAUUUGUUUGCAAAACUAGAAUCUGUACUUUGAAUACUAUAGGUUAUACAAAGCCAUGUUUAAAAGCAUGGGCUUUGAAGUUAGAUGGGUCUAGGUUUGAUCAAGUCUGUAGACUCAUUAGCUAUUUGAUCUUGGACAAGUUAUUUAACUUCUCUAAAAAGCUUCAAGUUUCUCACUUAUAAAAUGAGGAAAUAUUAAUACCCAUGUCAGAGUUGAGGAUUAAAUGAGACCAUGAAUUUAAAGUACCAGCUGAGUGCCUAACAUAUAGCAUCUAAUAAUUGAUGUUACUGUGCUACCCACAAUGAUAGAGGAGAGAUGGAACCACAGACAUUCAAGGACCCUAUUUCCUUUUUAAAGAAAUGAGACCAACACACCUUUAAGGAUAAACUUUAUUCAAAUCUUGUUUCAUAUUAGAGUACUUCCAAAUUCAAAUGAAUGUUGGUUAAUGUUUAAAUAAACAGACAAGGAAAAGCUUCAAAAACAAAACAAAAAUUCUGAAGGACUUAACCACUAACAGAGCCAUCCUCUGAAGUAGCAUUAUUUAUCUGUCAUAGACCUAUAUUUUUCUAUUUUAAUUUAAACACUAUAUUCAAAAGAUACCAAAAUAGUUUUUUGAAAUGAGUAAAUGUUUUAGCAAACUGUUUAGGACAAUAAAUCCUCCCAAUUGAUUAGAAACAUAAGAUAUUUAAAGGGAGAGGAAAGAUCCCAGAUCUGUAGACACAGCCAUACUGAUAUAAACAUACUAUUUUGUUUUAGGCACAUAUCAGGUUUUGAAAAUGGAAGCUUCUUGUGGUUACACUCUCACAAUUUUCUCAAAUACUUUGUUGGUCUGGGCAAGAUGCAACUUGUUUAAGAGAGCUUCUGACCGGCCACAUCUAUGGAUCUAUAUCACUCCCAGACUCCUUUUCUAAAACAAGAAGACAAAAACUUCAACUUGAGAAAAGAAACACAAAAACAAGAAAAUUACUUACAUGGAUACAACACAUUUAAUGUCCUUUAAAUAAAGGGGAGGGGAGAGGUGAGUUUUCCAGUUACUACAGGAAAUUAGUGAAUUUUUAAUUUUCUAAAUUUUGGUUCUCACACUGUACCUAUUAUCAAAAGAAGCUCCCGUAAAAGACUGUGAAAUUAGCAUAUUUUCUGUUUUAGCAGAAUGAUGUUAACAAGGCUGAUGCCAAUUAGCUUUGUUCUCUUUGAUUAGUAUGUACUUUUUACAUAAUACUAAAGCUACCAAGAGCUGAUUUCAUUCUAAAUGUGCCUCAGUGCUAAGAACCAAUGUGCUACUUAAGAACAAGAUACCAAUAAUCCCUUUAAAUUUCAACAAAUUUAAUCUUACCACAUAGAUAAAUUAAAAAUCCAGAAAUUCCAAGAGAUUAUUUGAUACACAAAGAUCAUUUGAAUAUAUGAGCUAAUUAAAAUUAACACUGAGGAAAUCCUUUAAAAUAUGCAUUUAUCAGACACAAUUUCACUUUCAAGAUUAAUUCAAACAACAAAUUUCUUUAUGACAUUUCAAGAAAUCCUCUUCUUGGUUAUCACCAUAAGCACAUUUAACAUAGUUAGCUAAAGUGUCUUUAUUUUUUUUUCUACUACUAACUUCCAAGGAAACUGAUAAAUCAUUUCUGAUUCAGAGCAUCAGGGUAAUGGUAUCUUUAAGACUUGGCAAUUCUGUGUGAUAAACAUAUUUUGUUUUAAAAAUAUAAGUCACCUUUAAUUGCAGUAUCAUCUGAUGACAUGAAGUAAAGAUCUUUUCCCACUGUUUGGAAUAUACCCUAACAAAAGAAACCUUUGGAUUAUUACCAAUUCUUUAUUAUAAGUACAAAACAAUUAAAACCAGAAAAAGGACCAUAGAUAAACCAGGAAAAAGGCAAACAACAAAAAGUAUUCCUAUUAAAAUUAUGACCAUCUGAUUUUAUAGUAAAGAAUCAUCUCAUGUGUGUUUUCUAUUCUGUAAAUACUCAUUUCUCUGGAAUAUCUCCACUGGGGCAUUUCACAUAUAGAGUAAAGUACUUUUUAUCCAAUUUUUAUCUCCCAAACCCCUGACAACUGUAGUGUUUGGUUUAGGGAGGAGGUCCAUCAUUGUUCAAAGUGCUGCCAUUCAAACAUAUUAUCCAGGGUAGGCCACAGUUUCUUUAUUGAAGACUUAAUAAAGAGAGAUAUUUCUACUACAUUCCUUUCAAUAACUAAUAGCAUUAUGUGCAUGCAUGAUGUGAUGCAGGAAUUACUAAGAUAUACUUAUUGUGAAAUGUAACAGCUCAGCUGAAGAAAAUUAUUCUAAAAAAAUUGUAAUCAGUUUGGUCAUGGAUGGUGGUGAUGGUGGCACAAUAUUGUGAAUGGAAUUGAGAUCA